CAAGCCUGGCACUUCCGCGUAGCCGGGCGGCGGGUACUUGCGUUGAAACGUGCUUACGAGUGACCCCACCUUAAAGGGGAGGGGACCGAGGGGGACCCGAGCCCUUUAAGACUAGGCGGGCUGGGGCCUGCCCCUUUAAGGGCGGGGCGUCCGACCGCAGAAUCUGAGCCCCAGAUUACCUUGAGUUUCCGUCACGGGCAGCGAGGAGAGGCGCUUAGGCUGGGUCCGGGUGCUUGGCGGGCGGCGGCGGCCUCAUCCCCGCUCGUCCUCCCCGGGCCCGGAGACACCCCCGCCCCAGUCAUGCUGAGCAGAGUAUGGAAGCAGCUGACUACGAAGUGCUAUCCGUGCGAGAGCAGCUGUUCCACGACAGGGUCCGCGAGUGCAUCAUCUCAAUACUUCUGUUUGCAACACUCUACAUCCUCUGCCAUAUCUUCCUGACCCGCUUCAAGAAGCCUGCCGAGUUUACCACAGUGGAUGAUGAAGAUGCCACAGUUAACAAGAUUGCGCUGGAGCUGUGUACCUUUACCCUGGCGGUCGCCCUGGGCGCCGUCUUGCUCCUGCCCUUCUCCAUCAUCAGCAACGAGGUGCUGCUCUCGUUGCCACGCAACUACUACAUCCAGUGGCUCAACGGCUCGCUCAUCCAUGGUCUGUGGAACCUCGUUUUCCUCUUCUCCAAUCUGUCCCUCGUCUUCCUUAUGCCCUUUGCAUAUUUCUUCACAGAGUCUGAAGGCUUUGCUGGCUCCAGAAAGGGUGUCCUGGGCCGGGUCUACGAGACAGUGGUGAUGUUGAUCCUCCUCACGCUGCUUGUGCUGGGCAUGGUGUGGGUGGCAUCCGCCAUUGUAGACAAUGACAAGGCCAGCAGGGAGUCGCUCUACGACUUCUGGGAGUACUACCUCCCCUAUCUCUACUCCUGUAUCUCCUUCCUCGGAGUUCUGCUGCUUCUGGUGUGCACUCCACUAGGUCUCGCCCGCAUGUUCUCUGUCACUGGGAAGUUGCUGGUCAAGCCCCGGCUACUGGAAGACCUGGAAGAACAGCUGAACUGCUCAGCCUUUGAGGAGGCAGCUCUGACUCGAAGAAUCUGCAAUCCCACCUCCUGCUGGCUGCCACUGGACAUGGAACUGCUGCAUAGACAGGUCCUGGCUCUGCAGGCACAGAGGGUCCUCUUGGAAAAGCGUUGGAAGGCGUCAGCCUGGCAACGGAACCUGGGCUACCCUCUGGCCAUGCUGUGCUUGCUGGUGCUGACGGGCCUGUCUGUCCUCAUCGUGGCCGUCCACAUCCUGGAGCUGCUCAUCGACGAGGCUGCCAUGCCGCGGGGCAUGCAGGUACCAGCUCGAGGGCUUAGUUCAGAAAGGGUGGGGAGACUGGCUAGAGUGUGUUGCGCUGUUCUUCCCUAACGCGGUGGCAGUUACCUGAUGGUGUCCUCAGUGGUGGGUUUCUACAGCUCUCCACUCUUCGGAAGCCUGAGACCUAGGUGGCAUGACACAUCGAUGACACAGAUCAUCGGGAACUGCGUCUGCCUCCUGGUCCUCAGCUCAGCACUUCCUGUCUUCUCUAGAACCCUUGGGCUGACACGCUUUGACCUGCUGGGUGACUUUGGACGCUUCAACUGGCUAGGCAAUUUCUACAUUGUGUUCCUCUACAAUGCAGCCUUUGCUGGCCUCACCACGCUCUGUCUGGUGAAGACCUUCACGGCAGCUGUGAGGGCAGAGCUGAUUCGGGCCUUUGGGCUGGACAGACUGCCACUGCCUGUCUCUGGGUUUCCCCGGGCUUCUAGGAAGAAGCAGCAUCAAUGACCUCCAGCUGGGGGCUGAGAAGGAGCGAACUGGGCAGUGCCUAGGCCUGGCGGCGAGCCCCAGGGGGCUGGACCUCAGGACCUGGAAUCUGCGAGAGUAGGUGACAGAGGGACGGACCAUCUGCACUGUUGCUUAAUCUGAGCCAGAGUUUGGGACCUGGCUGGCCUCCUGCCUUUUCAGAUGUAUCUGUGGCCUGAGCAUCCAUCCGGUAGAGCUGGGGGACUCCCUCCAGUUCCUGGUCCCAAAUACGUUUACACAUCUAUCUGCCUCAAUCCUGUUCCAGGCCAUGCCUGAAGCCAUGUUUACAUGAUUUGAUGUGCAAUAGGGUGGGUGGGACUUGGGGGACUGCGCCGGGGUAGGUUCUAGAGACAGGUUGUCUUCCUUGCCUCUGGCCCAGAAGAGCCGAAGCACUGUGCUAUCCUGUGGAAGGCUUUGGACCACUGGAGAGACCAAGGGUGCUGGGAGGAGGCGGCUGCACCCACAAGCAAUAAAGUUGAUCCCAGGGUUUUCUUGGUUCUUUUGUAAAGA